UUCAGGCAGCGCACCCAGCUCGCUGCCAUGCAAGUGCUUCUCCACUGACGUGCUCUUGUGACCCGUGAAUUCUCACGGCUGCUUCUCUGUUUGGUACCCGCAGGGUCCGACCGAAGGCACUGUCUGCGGUUCAGAGCCGAGCUGCUUGGCCAAAUCAGUUCUUAAUCCUGUGAUGCUCAUAGCAGGAAUGAGAGCCAGGGCACCCUUCUCCAUGUGAACGUAGUUUCUUCUUCUCCUUCCAGCCUGAAAACCAUGUGGGAAAGUGCUGGCCCUUGCUGGGAAGUCGGGGACAAGCCUUCAUCAAGCUGUCUGUGCCAAUCCUUCCCAGAGCAGUCACCAUGGACCACGUUUCAGGACAACGUUCCCUGGAGACAGUAUCUGCAGAGCUCCAAAGGACAUGGCUGUCUACAAUACUUGAGGAACGAGAGCGCCUUUCUGGGAGAGCUGGUGUUUGGGAGCGCAGACACCAUUGAACUUUCCUGUGACAGCCACGGCUCUUCUGUGCCUGUUUUCUGGUUUAAAGACGGUAUCGGGAUUGCACCUCCCAGCAGAGCUCGUACUGGGCAGAAGCUGUUGAAGAUCAUCAGUGUGUCAUGCGAUGGCUCGGGGCUGCACAGCUGCAAGGCGAGGCAUUCCGACCAGGUCCUGGGAAACUUUACAGCCAGAGGUACAGACAUGGCUGGAGGCGAUGGAUAUCCAGCUUCCCGUCUGGGUUCCCGGGCUGACACGCUGGGAUAUCGCAUGGGUCCCCAAAGAGCAAAGUAUGAAGCUGAAAGAGGCAAGUCUUCCCAGCGGUCAUCAGAAGUCCUGAAGGAAAUCCUGAAGGACCUGGACAAGGCAGCGCUUGAGAUGGACCGUGAGACUGCGGAGAAUGAGGCGCUUCAGGAAGGAGGCAGUCACGCGGUGCCAGUCUCUGAUGACAGAAGAGGGGCAAUUCAGUCAGUGGAGGUGCCAGGCGUGGAUGGCACGAGAAACAGAAAUGCUAUGGAUCCAAAAGCUUUCCAGAAGUACUGCAUAGAAGGCGCCGUGGCGGUCGUGGGCUCCAUAUUGCUUGGGAUGGUUUUCUGUUGUGUGAUCCGCCUGUGGAGGAAGAGAAGGCGGCGCCUCGCCGCAGCUUCGAGAGCCCGGCCCGACACCAGCAGCUGCCCCUCACACCCGGACACCUGGACUGCCCACCCCAGCACCUCCAAGAGCUGGACCCAACACCAGCAGCCGUCACAUGUGCCUGGAAAAGCGGCCCACCAGCCACGGAGCACCGGCGGGGAACCAGCCUCCACCAGCCCGGACGGCCGCCCGGCCCGCCCGCCUCCGCCCCGGCCCAAAUGGCUGUCCAACUCAGCCAGCCAGGUGUUGCGGGACCGGCCCAGCACCCUCCGGGCCCCGGAGAAACGGCAACCACCCCCUCGCCCCCCAAGCCCAUUUCUCCAGCCCUCCUGCAAGGGCCUGGGGCAGUCCCGCCAGGAUAUGGAUUUGGGGAGCGACGGUGAAUGCGAGGGCCUAUAGGGGAGUGACAACAAAUACGAUUUCCUUGGAUGACAAGGUCACGGACCUAGUUGGCCAAGAGAAGCCAGCUGAUGUGAUCUUUCUGGAUUUCAGUAGAGCUUUUGAUACUGUCCCUCACAGUCUCCUCCUGGGCAAAAUGUCCAGCACACAGCUGGAUAAACGCGUAAUGCGGUGGGUGAGCAAUUGGCUGGGGGGUCGGGCUCAAAGGGUUCUCGUCAGUGGGGUUACAUGGGGCUGGU